GUAAGAGUGUGUUUGGUCAUCUCGAGGUCAGCUGGGUGUAGAAAUCGAGCGACGGCGGCGGCGGAAACGACGGCAAUGAAUAGACUGAGAUGGGUCGAAGAGGGAGAUAUCUGGGACCUCGACAUGUCAACUCCGGCAACACUCGAGGGUAUCGCACGAGCUGUUCCCGACGAUCCUCUUCCUCUAGGUCUCUCUAGAGGCACUCGUCUCUCUCGCCCUAAGCAAGUUGAGUUCUUCCACCGCUUCAUGACCUCACCUCUCAUCCCUUCCUUCUCCCCUAUCCGUCCCAACACCGGAGAUGGAGGCUGUGGUGGAUUCUCUCUUCAAAGAGUCCUCACUCUUCCUUUCUCCAACAACUGGCUUGUGUCUCUUCUGGGCCAAUUCGAUGUUCAGAGAUUCGUAUCGGAGAUAGAAAAGACUAAAACUUUUGGUCGAGGGUCUUCGUCUACAGUAGCUUCUCGUUUAAACACAAUUGGCAAGCAUUUGAAGGAUAAAUCUUUGUACGCAUUGGGUUUUUGUUCUGAGUUCUUGUUAUCACCAGAUGAUACUUUGCUUCUUAGCUACGAUACUUACAAAGGUGAUCUUGAAAAAAAUCCUAGGGCUAAGGCUAUCUUCAAUCACGAGUUCCCGCUUCACAAUCUGACAGCAGAAGCGGCUUGGCCUGGACUUUUUGUGGAUAAACAUGGUGAAUAUUGGGAUGUGCCACUCUCAAUGGCUAUUGAUCUAGCAUCUCUUCCUGCUGAGUCUGGUCCAAGUUACCAUGUAUGUUUACACCAUAACAGUGGAGCACCCAAGAAGUUAAAUUCGGAUACUAUGGAAGUGCCUCCACCGUCACUGCUUCCUGGUUUGUCUCUGAAAUCCGCAGUUUCUUAUAGGACAAACAUGGAUCUCUGGAGGGGUACCACUCCAAAGCUCGAAACUUGCAAGCCCUAUGACGUCUUCCUCAGUAGUCCUCAUGUCGCUGUAUCUGGGAUUAUCGGCUCUGUGAUGACCGCAGCAUUUGGUGAAAAUUCAAUCAGAUCAAAAUCUGAGAAUGAUUCUGAGGGUGUUGGAGGGUUCUCUCUUCAUUUUCCAUCUGUAAAUUCCGGAUUCAUGGCUGAUGCCUUAGGGCGGGCAUCACUCACAGCUCAAUAUGGAAACUUCCAGAAGCCCUUCUUUGAUCUCACCCGUUUCCAUGCUAGAUUAGACUAUCCGCAUGGUUUGAGGUUUCUUACCGGUGCCACUAGCGUCGCACACGAUCUUUUAAAUUCUCGGCAGCCUAGUUUAGAAGCAUUUCAGAAAAUCUGCCCUGAAGUAUUAGUUUCUCUACAGCAACAGAUUGUUGGACCGUUUAGUUUCAAAGUGGAGUCUGGAAUUCAGAUUGAUCUGAAGAACGGAGCUAACCCCGUGACUGUAGAUAAGACAGUAUUUGCUAUUGAAUAUGCUCUACAAGUGCUUCUUUCUGCCAAGGCUGUUGCUUGGUACUCCCCAAAACAGAAAGAAUUCAUGGUUGAGCUUAGUUUCUUUGAGACAUAGUAUCAAGAUUUUUUCCACUCAAAAUAUCAAGCUUGAUCCUGUUAAGAUUGUAGUCUUGCAGAAAAGUAAAUAGACAAUAUUAUAAUUUAUCAGUUUCUUAUGUUAAACAGAAGAAUGAUUCAAUAAAAGGGAAGUUUACAUUUUGUUA